UGAGCGGAUGGUCGCUAGUAGUCGCAUCCUGGCUAUCGUGGGUAACUCAAUCUCAUGGAUCAGUCUCCUCGUCGCUCUCUGCAUAUUCCUCCACUUUAGGAGCCUCAACUGUAAUCGGACCAAGAUUCACAAACAUCUCUUCGUCUCCCUGCUCAUACGUCUCACGAUCGAAGUAAUCUUUGCUAUCGAUCGCCACUACAGUAUCGAACCCGGUCACAGAUUCAAUACCAACACGCUACGAUUUCAGCCCAUAUUGUGUGAAAUAUUCGAAGUAUUGCGUGAAUACGGACGGUUUUGUGCCUUUGCUUGGAUGUUUAUAGAAGGAAUGUAUCUCAAUUCGCUAAUCUCCAUUUCUGUCUUCGGCAAACCCAAGUUUCUUCUGUAUUAUCUCAUCGGCUGGGUAUUUCCUAUUCCCUUUGUAAGUGCUUGGGCUAUUGCAAUGGAAAUGACGAAUGGUAGUCGGUGCUGGUAUCCGCAUGUCAAUUCAUUAUUCUUUAAAGGUCUCAUUGAAAUUCCAAGAAAUAUUCUUCUUGCCAUCAAUGCCAUCUUUCUCAUAAACAUUGUUCGGGUUUUGGUCACCAAAUUACGAGAGAGUAAUUCAGGAGAAGUUCAACAAGUAAGAAAAGCUGUAAAGGCUGCCAUUGUUUUACUGCCCCUACUUGGGAUAGUCAACCUGUUAUGGGUCCUCCCCGAAGCUACGGCCAAGGAUAGCAGGGCAAUCAUAGUCAUAUGUCUCUUCAUCUUCAGAUUCUUCGCCGAGUUUCAGGGAUUUUUCGUCGCUUUACUUUACUGCUUUCUAAAUCAAGAGGUUCGGAUGGUUUUGAGAAGGAAAUGGUCGACGUGGAGGAAUUACCGUGAUCCGACGACAACGAGGCGGACGUCGAUGCUUACCUCAACGUCAGAUGUGGAUUGUUUCUCUUACGCAUGCUCCAUUCUUUUCAGAUUCAUUCGACAAGAGGAACGAAACCGCGGAUGGGUGGCGGAGGGUUCGAAUACAUUACAGUCACGGUCUGAGAUGAAGACUAUCUAUACAGAGGCCGAAUAACGUGCGAAGAACGUGCGAAGAACGAUACGACCGAAACGAAUGCAUUUCCAAACUUGAGAGCUACAAAGCGGCGCGGCGUCAUCAGGGAUUUGUUCAUCUGGUGUCUUACAUGAAGCCAAUCAAAGAUGAAAAGUCGACUUUUUAAACAGGAAGAAACUUGAGUGCAACGUUUCUUUUGAUUAUCACAAUGCUAUGCUUGAACCUCAUUUCGAAAAAAUCGACUGCAAAGCGUUGUUGAAAACGGCAUUUUAUAUUUUAAAAUUGAGAAGAAACUGAGUACAUCAUUUAUCUGCCGACAAAGAGGAGAUAUGUGACAUCGCAACGACUCCAUCUGGACUUGCAUGAAACUAUAAUGUUACAAAAAGCACAUGUGUGCCCGUCAUUAUAAUCAGUUCAUAUAGAUUUAUUGCACAUUCAUUUAUUUAUUCAGAAUUUAAAUAUACAUGUAUGUGUGUGUCCCCAUAGUAUGUGUGCAUUUAUAUGUAUGUGUGGUUAGUAAGUGGAUAUUUAAACGGCCCCAAUUGUGAACACAGAAAUACAAUGAAGAUUGUGAAAGUAUAUAUCCAUAUUUCUGUAUGUUGGGCUCAAGAGGGCAGGGGAAUACAUGAGAAAGCGCACAGGUAACACUAUUAGCGAGAAGCAACAUGUAAGCUCUAGGCGUAUUUUGGUGUUUGGAUCACUCCAAAAUAUUCAUGGGCCCUAAUCAAGUUAUUGGCCUAUCUAUCGCAUGAACAGUCAUUUAUUUGGAAAUGAUCGAUAUUAAGUGCAGGUGUCAAUAUUAGCUAGAAUAUGCCCUUUAUUGGUAAUUGAUUUUGCCUCCCAUUCAUUGCCGAAGUAGGACAGACUCAUCACUUAAAACUUGUGAGUCAAGAUUUAUACAAUGUAAUACAAGAAUUGUGAGUUUUAUCAAAUAUCUUGCGCACAAUGGACCAAUAAGUAGUAGAUAUUUCGCUCGUUCACCCUUUCUCAAUCUAUCACACACACACACAUACUCUACCUCUCCAUUUUUAUCUAUCCCAUGUCACCCUACCCCUACCUGUCUUGCCUUUACAAACUGUAGUACUGUUCAUCGUUUGAAGACCAAACAAAUAAAUCGCACAAAUAUCAAUCUUCAUCUCAUAAAAAAUUUUGUUUGAACCAUUGUAAUGAUCUUCCCCUUCUUUUUUACAAGCAAGAAUGUUUAGUCUUUUAAUUGGUUUAAUGCUGAGAUGAAAUUUGCCGGGUUUUUUAAUUUAAAUUCCGUAGAUUUAUCAAAUUGUAAUAUAUAUGUAUAAAUUAAAAGAUGUACAUGAAUAGUAUUAUCUCUGUAAAUUCAAUUAUGUAAAUAAUAUACAUACAUGUAAAUAAGGGUUUUGAGAAAUUGUAAGUACGAUUUGUGUGUGUAUUUUUUGCUAUCAACAAUCUGUAUCUGCAAGGUUAUUUAUGUAUGUUGUGUGUAAAAUAGUAUCACUGUAUAAAUGCAAUACCUUAAUAACUUAAGCGCUAAACUAAUAUUGGUCAAUAUCGAGGAUUGCAUAUGCGUUCACUAAGAAAGAAUAAUCGGGUUUGCGCUUUAGCUGUGCAAAAUAUACACCUUUUGGUCAUUUUUGCACCUGAAGGAACAAUUUUGCACCUUUUAGAGAUCAUUUUGGUGUUACAAAUUUUGCGCCUUCCCAUCAAUGGUACAAGUCUGUAUCCAAAGAGGGUAAAACUAUGAGUACCACGAGUUUCUUAUUAUGUUAUGGUAACUCGUAUGAACUCAACAGGGCAGCAUUUUGCUGGUAGAACGCCAAGCUGAUUUACAGCUAAUUAUAUAGGAAAUAUUUUACGUCUGAUAUGAUCAGGCAUAGUGGUUGACCUUAUGGACAACACCAAAGAGCAAACAAUGGCCAUGAUGGCAGAGUGGGGAUUUGAACUCAUAACCUUACGAUCAUGAGUCCAAUGCUCUAAACCACUAGAACACACUACCCAGCUAACCGGAGAAAACGACUUCUUAAGGUGUAAGGCUAACCUUUAACUUAGGAACAUAAGUUGGUCUAUUUGGAGGUUGCAAUAUUGCCACUUCAUUCACCUUAGUGUGUAUACAGUGAAAAGAUAACUAAACAAGAGAUAAGUUUUUAUUUUAUUCACAUAAAAGUGUAGGUAAAUUUAUUAAAGUGUAGGAGAAUAGGGUUCUUUUCUUACUACUCACCGGAAUGAAUGUGUCCAAAACUCUAAUCCAAGGCAUUGCUCGACUUGAAUUGGUCGAGUCCACUGAAUAAUGGCGAACGGGUAACUGUCGAUAAACACACGCGAGAGUUUGGAGUGACUCAUGAGUCUCGACUUUUUGCUAACCGCGGAAGUUAAGUUCAGAUAUUGUACAUUACCGGUGAAAACAAUAAAAGAUACCUGGAAUCCAAUGUAUAAAUGUUAAUCAAACAAAGAGUAAAUCCAAGUAUAUAUAAAUCCGCACGUAGGAAUCCCUCGAAAGUUGAGGAAGUAUUCCAGUUGAUGGAUUGGAAGGUGAAGAAAAGGUGAUUGCGAUCCUGAUAACACGUAAACACAUGUAAUUAGCUCGACAGUGUUUUAAGAGUUAGUGUCCGAUAAUCGAUAACGCUGAACAAGCAAACUUGGCAAGUCGGUGACCAAGUUCAAAGAUGAUGUUCAUUGGGUGAUUUAAUUGAUGACGUAGAAUUAUGUUGAACGUUGGUUGGUUAUAUAAAUACUGAAGAUAAGCUCUGAUUGAUUUAGAGAAAGUUCGGCGAACUAAAUGACAUGUGAUCAUCAUGUGGUGCGCUUGAUACAAAAACUUCCUGUAUAUGAUACAUUUUAGCGCGAGGAAUGUUUGAAACAAGGUCAAGAAGUUCAAGAAUGUCUGCAUACGCGUAAAUGAAGAAACGUAGUCAAAACAAAAACGGUGAAAGGUACUAAGUUGUCUGCUGACUUUUGAAGCAGUCCGUAGCAUAAAAUAUACACAAAGUCUUGUUUUGAAGAAAGUGUUAUGCAGAUAAAGCAGUUAAAAUAUGGUAGGCCACUACAAAAGUUUCAAAUAUUAUUAAUGCUCGCUACACUAUACAGGGAGUGUUGCAAGAUUUUAUUAGUCAGAUUUGUUAAUUUGAAAAUUGGACCGACCUUGACCUGAGCGUCACCAUCCAGACGACCUUUGACCCUUUCAAAUAUAAUAAAUUGCACAGUCUACACCGAUAGGGAGUGCUUCAAAAGUUUAUCAGUCAGAUAUGAAAAUUUCCAGUUUACCCCACCUUGACCUUAACGUCACCAUCCUAACGACUUUUGACCCCUGAAUUUACUUGUAUUACACAUUAACACUACGAAAUAGUGGAUGACAUGUGGUCAGAUACAAGCUUGUCAUUUCCCUAUUUUCUUUAUUACUAUCACAUAAUAUAUUUUGGGAUCGUAAAAAGGAAAUUAUUAUACCAAGAUGACAAAAAACUAGUAUGCAACAAUCAUUGGCGUGAUGAUUCCAAUAAAAGGGGCUAAAGUUUCAAUACAAUACACUAGUUCGGAGAAUCGAUGAGUUUUGAAUCAAUAAUUAAUUUUGUUAUAAAUUUGGUGCUUAAAAUAUCAUUUUGGUGGCCUUUUAAAGGAAAUACAUCAAAAUUAAUAUCAUGAUUGUGUUGAAGAAUGCUAUUAUAACAACCUUUGACCAAAAAAAAACAAUUGUUAAUGAUCCCGUACUUCGCCACCGGUACCCAAGCGACGACAACGACAUGACCUGGUAACAGUAGAGACUUAACAACGACAUCGAGACGACUGUACUACGAUGACAUUACGACUUGAACGUUCAGUCAGGUUUUGCGUUGCAUGAAAGAAAGAAAACGGAGGGGAAAAGCGGUAUCUGCACAUUUAUUUUUACGUUUUGCUUGUCACGAGCUCUCCGUUCUCGAUAUAAUGAGAUAUAUAGUGAAAAUACUGUGGUCUGGCCUGAACUUGGUUAAGUUAUAGCUCGUUAUUAUUUUUGAGGGUUCAUUAUUUUGAAGGCUAUCAUUCAAACUGAAUAAUGUUAAUGUAAUGUUUUAAAGACGGACGCCGCUUUUUAUUACAUUUUUUUUUCUUUCAUUUGUUUUGUUUAAAAUCUGGCCAUUCAAUGCUCAGCCAUGUACACACUCCAUAAUUGCCCUCAUCGGGAAUUCACUGCUUCAUUUUUCAUUAAUUCGAAUAUUUUCCUCGAAGAAGCAUUAUUUUAAAGCUAGUGUGGAUGGUACCGUUAAGAAAAAAAAUGAUGCAGUGGAGAACCGAUCGUUACGAGCUAAUUGUAUGUUGUGUUGGGGACAUGUUUCCGCCCACACAGAUAAACUUUUGAUUGCAUUAUUUCAAUUGUUGACAUGUUUAUUUGUAAAAUUUAUGUAGUAAUAGUAUGAAGUUUCAUCCUUUUCUGCUAGUAAAGAGGCCUAAAUGUGGUAAGGUUUAUACAUUUUUGAUGGACCAAACAUGUCACAACUGUUGAAGAGAUCAUUUUCUUUGAAGCUACAGUACGUUCUCAUACCAUAAAUUAUAUUGUUUAAUUUCCCAAAGAGUUUUAUUUAGAUUGAUAAUUCAUCGGCACCCUCGUCCAUCACCCUUCGUAAUUCUUUCCGUUUUUAUAGUGAUAGAUUUCCUCGGCCUCGAGGGCAUCAUCCUGCUACUAGACGACUGUUACUCUUAAGUUAGCACUGUCGGCCUGUGGGGAUUCCAGCGUUUUUAGCUUCGGUCGGGUGGAUUGCCGGCCUCUUAGUAGUAGCCUUUUGUACAAUGUCCUACAAGAAAAUCAGUACUACCAGACUACGGUCUACCCCAAAAUCAUGACACCAAACUUGAGUUUAGAAUAUCCAUAAUCGUGAUAUUCAUUAUUUGCACAGUGUAAAAACGUUUGCCUGAUAUUCGAUAAAAAAAAGGUUGGGAAUUACUUAUGAUUCUUGGGUAAAAUAGAACUAUGUGUCGCGCAUGCUAUGUUAAUUAUACGCAAAGUCGGGUAAACAUUUUACCCAUAAAUAUUUUUUCUUUUACCAGUUUACUCAGCAAACAUUAAUUUUCUGUAAUUUCACCCUGUGUUGAAUAGAUUUUUCUCAAUCCUUUUAAUGUGUAAUUAAUUCUAAAGUGUAAAAUCAACUUAGUUCUUAAAAAUAUUAAAUGAAUGUAAUGUACAGUUGUUUCAUACAAAAAUCAGGCGUGUUUUUAUAUUUUCUGCAAGAUAUCAAAGUUCACGUAUGUACUGUUUGCGAAUGUUAUAAAUACCGACUAUUUCAUCACUGUUUAUGUAAAGAAACCCCCUGCACAACCUAUAUCGUUUCAUUAAACAACAUUGUUUUUUUAUA